AUGGACGGACGCGGGAAUAUUUACAUUAAUCAGGCAGAAAUGGGAGAAGACCAAGUGCUGAACGGAGUAACGAACAAAGAGCACAGCGAGAACUCCGGAGACAAAGACAACAAACAAACGACAAACACAAACUCGAUUGACACAAACGCGAGCAAAGACAAUGGCGAGAAAAGCACGGAAGUGUCAAACUAUUUACAGAACAUCAAGAUCUCGAACUCGAGCGCUGGACUUGCGUUGACAGACAAGGACAACGCAAAGGACGCGCCCCUUCUGAUAGACACCAAAACUGUUGUCAGAUUUUCACCAGCAUGGAACCAGACUCUAGCGGCAUCAGCAGCGAUCCUGAUGACCUUCACGUCUGGCCUCACGUCCGGCUACUCUGCCAUCCUUCUGCCACAGCUGAAGCAACCUGGCAGCGUUAUACCGUGGGACGAAAACACAGCAUCCUGGAUAGCGGCAAUGGCUGCUCUACCGAUGGCCCCCGGCUGCCUCAUCUCAGGGUGGAUGAUGGAGAAAUGCGGAAGGCGCCUUUCGCAUUUCAUAGUUUGCGCGCCUCUACUACUCGGAUGGAUCUUCAUAGCGUGUGCGAACAACCUGACCUUGAUGCUAGUCGGGAGAUUCCUGACCGGUCUUUGCGUGGGUCUACUGGGGCCGGUAGGGCCCGUUUACAUCGGGGAGACAUCAGAGCCGAAGUUCAGGGGAAUCUUCCUCGCGGCGGUGUCCCUAGCCAUCGCCGUGGGCAUCUUCGUCGCUCACCUGAUAGGGACGUUUUUGACCUGGCAAUGGACCGCAGUGAUUUGCUGCCUGUUCCCAGUACUAUCCGUGUUGUUGCUCUGCGCGGUCCCAGAGAGUCCGACCUGGCUGAUCUGCAAGGGGCAGAUGGACAAAGGCGUGACCUCCUACCACUGGUUAAGGGGAUACAGCGAUGAGGCGAAGGCGGAGCUGCAAGCGAUAAUCGACAAGCGGAGGGCGGUCGACAACCAGCCCAUCCCGACCUGGAGGGAGAAACUCUCCAAUUUGAAGAGUCCGGAGCUCUUGAAACCGCUGGCGAUAAUGAUUAUAUUCUUCAUCACGUGCCAGUUCUCGGGAAACAACGCGGUCGCGUUCUACUCCAUAGAGAUCGUCGAGAAGGCGGUGGGGAAAGGGAUAGACCACUACGUAGCGAUGCUGGUGAUAGACGCGCUGCGUGUUGUGAUGUCGGUGGUGGCGUGCGUCGUGUGCAAGCAGUACGGCAGGCGGCCGCUGUGCUUCAUCAGCGGCGUUUGGACCGCGCUGUCCAUGAUCGCGCUGGGCUCAUUCCUCCACUGGACGGGCGGCGAGCCGACGAACCUCUCCUGGCUGCCGCUCUCCUGCCUGAUGGUCUACAUCUGCGCGAUAUCCAUCGGCCUGGUGCCGCUGCCCUGGAUGAUGUGCGGCGAGCUGUUCCCCACCAGGGUGCGCGGCCUGGGCUCCGGCAUCAGCUCCGCCACGACCUUCCUCGCGUUCUUCGUCGUGGUGAAGACCGCGCCGGGGAUGAUGUCCACCUUGGGUGACGCGGUGACCUUCCUCUUCUACGGGUCGGUGGCCUUUGUAGGCACAUGUGCCAUGUACUUCAUCCUGCCGGAGACCAAAGGCAAAAGCUUGCAGGAGAUAGAGGAUAAGUUCAGAGGCAUCAAGGGCGAUAAGGUG